GUGUCAAAUGUCAACAAAAAAAAAAUAGUUUCCCGGAUAAUUAUUUUAGCAAAUUUAUUCCUCAAAAUAAAAUUGUUUUUAUUUUAUUCAACCAAAAAAACAAUACACAAUUUUUUUAAAUAGAGAAUAUUUAGUUGAAAAAUAAAACACCCUAAUUCGAGAUACUGCGACCUCCCAUAAAAAUCCUGUCUGAAAAAUCUGUGAUGUGAUGCCUAUUUGCAAGCAAAAUACGAAGCACCAUUUGCUGCGCUCCGACGACAAUAUUUUGAUGUGUUUACUACCAUGUGGUAUGCGGCUAUAUUGCGUUUCAUCCGGCGACGACUCGUCUUGGGUAUAAUCUUCUUAUUUUCCCUUACCUAUUGUUUGGUCAAUUUAAUGGGAAAUGGUGGCCCAUUGUCAAUGGAAGCAGAUGAAUUUGAAAUUCGACGCGAAAAGCCAAUGAUCUGGCGAACUUUACAAGAAGAAUCCAAUAGAACCAAUGACCUAACAGCAACCUGCCGCAAUUCAGUCCAAGGAAAAGUUCUCAUUGUCGAUGAUAGGGGAUAUGUCUGUCAACGUUCCGAUCUCCUGUGGACAGGAUGUUGCAACGUUGAAACAGACGCAACCAAAUACUACAGCUGUGAGACCUGCAACGAUGCACAUUGCUGUGCUAUUUAUGAAUAUUGUGUGUCAUGUUGUGCGCAUCCUUUGAAACGUGACAUUCUUGAAAAGGUUUUGCUAAAAGCCUCUGGGAGACAAUCGGCGGUUUUUGCUUCCGUACAGGAUCAAUUCGAAUUGUGUCUUGUCAAGUGUCGAACGAAUUCGCAUUCAGUUCAACACGAGAACAAGUAUCGUGAUCCAAAAACAAAACAUUGCUACGGCGAGACUGAAGCGCACGAAUCUCAGAAAGAAGUCUCGGGUAUUGCAGUGCAUUAGUAUAAUACUAACUAUAAAAAGGGGACUAGAUUAAGUUUUUAUUUUUGUUUACAUUUAUUUUUUUAAGUAAGCGGGAGUAAAAAUGUCCUGUUGAAUGAUGAUAUAGCAUUGUGCUUGGCGUAUAAAUAUUUUAAAGGAAGAUUUUUAUUUAGUGUGGAAUUUUCGUUUUGUGUUAGAUAUGAAUAGUUUAAGAAAAGUUUUAAUUUUCUAGCAUAAAUGUAUCGAUAGAAAAGAUUAUAGUGCAUUAAAUAAUAAAAAGAAUAUACCAUCGUAUGUAUAUAUAGAUAACAAAUAUUAUAAACGAAGAGAGACGGUAAGAUAAUAAAAAAAAGAA